AUGCUCAACUAAGAGAGAACUUUACACAAACUUAUAUUUCAUAAUUGUAAUAUUAAUAUUUCUUUCUUUCUUUCUUUCUUUCUUUUUUUGCAUUGAAGAUGGACAUUGAAUUUUACAAACUCACAGAUGGCAAAGAAGACUUUUUUAUCCGGAAAUGGGAAAGGAGCAUAAUUCCAAAGCUCAAGGAAAUGGCAUCCUUGGAGAAGAAAAAUGACAUACAACACUUGCUAGAGAAAGCCAACAAUCAGCAAGAUGAUGAGCUGUGCUACACUAUGUUGAAGAUCCUCAUUCAUCUUCUUCCACCCACGGCAUCUGGGAAAAGUGUUGCUGGCAGUAAAUGCUGUGUGAACUCUGCAGUCUCAUACCUGUUGGAGCAAGUGCCGGCCGGUACCAACGUGACCUCCUUGCUCAGUGAAUCCAUGAAAGGGUCCCUGAAGUCAGCUCAGCCGCAGUUGGUUUCCAUCGGUUCUCUACAACAUGGAGCCCAGUACGUAAUUGUGGCAAAGAAUGAUUCUUUUGCCCUUCCACUUGAUGUUGAAAGCCUGACCUGUGCUGUAGACAGACUUUUCAAAUUCUUCUGGCUGUGCAAUCUUCAGUAUCCAUGCCAACUGUCCUCUGUUUUUUCAUUUUUUGAGUAUAUAUAUGACCUACCUUUGACCCAGUCCUCUUGCAAAUGUUCAAAGGUCAUGGAAUUGAUUGCAAAAUUGCAGUCUCGUCCCUAA